AUGGGGGGGGUUCAGCUCUUCCCUAAGCUUUUGGAUCCUGGAGUGCACAGCACAUUCAUGAUGGCCCUCGUAGCGAUAAUAAUGGGUCUCUUCUUGUUUCAGUCGUCUUUUGCGGAAGAAGACGACGCCUUUGUGCUCACACAGGACAACUUCGAAAACGAGGUUGGCCAUGAUCGCGGCGUUCUCAUCAAGUUUUACGCUCCCUGGUGUGGCCACUGUAAAAAGCUUGUACCGGAGUAUGAAAAGCUCGCAGCAACUUUCAAGAAAACCAAGUCCGUUUUGAUCGCCAAAGUAGAUUGUGAUGCAGAUAAAAGCAUUUGCUCUAAAUAUGGGGUUUCUGUUUACCCUACAAUUAAGUGGUUUCCUCAGGGUUCUUUAGAACCUAUGUUAUAUGAAGGUGCAAAAACCGCAGAAGCCCUUGUUGGAUUUGUGAACAUGAAAGGAGGUACCAAUGUAAAGAUAGCAACAACUCCAUCUGAUGUGGUGCCUCUCACCUUAUUUAACUUUGAUAAGAUUGUCUUGGAUAAAACAAAACAUGUUCUUGUUGAGUUCUAUGCACCCUGGUGCAAACAUUGCAAGGCCUUUGCCCCUACUUAUGAAAAGGUUGCUACAGCAUUUAAACUAGAAGAAGAUGUAGUUAUAGCUAGUAUUGAUGGUGACAUGUACAAGGAUGUAACUACAAAAUAUGAAAUUACUAGUUAUCCCAAACUGAAAUUGUUCAGAAAGAGCAAUAAAGCUGGUGAAGUUUAUGAAGGUGCUCGUAAUUUGGAUGAUAUUGUAUCUUACAUCAAUGAGAAAUGUGGCACAAAUCGCGAUGGACAAGGAAGACUUACUUCUAAAGCUGGUAUAGUAGCAUCCCUGGAUAAGUUGGUGAAGAAAUUUGUGAAUGCAGGUGACAAUGACAAAAAGGCCAUCUAUUCACAACUUGAAGAGGAAGUUGAGGAUCUUGAAGGAUCUGAUGCAAGAUAUGGCAAAUUGUACUUAAAACUUGCUAAGAACUGUAUGGAAAAGGGUAAAGAGUAUGCAAAGAACGAGGUUCAACGGCUUGAGAGAAUGCUUGAAAAGUCAAUAAACCCAACCAAGACAGAUGAAUUCACUCUCAAGAAGAACAUCUUAUCUUUAUUUGCUUAA